AUGGCGGCAACAACAUGUGAGUUGAAGUGGUUGAAACAAUUACUUGGUGAUUUGGGGGUUCGUCAUCCGCAUGGAAUGCAGCUCCUGUGUGAUAGUCAAUCAACAUUGUACAUUGCACAGAAUCCAGUCUUUCAUGAACGAACCAAACAUAUAGAGGUGGACUGUCAUGUUGUUCGAGAUGCUAUUGUGCAGAAGAUUAUAUCCCCUUCUUACACUCCUACGGCGGGAGGGAUACUUGCUAGUCCAUGGGUUCUUAGCUCUCGGCCGAUAAAAGUGUCAACUCACAGGGACGUCGGAAUUAAUUAUUUCAUAUUCCCUCGAGAUGGAUUUCAAGUAGUAGACAUGCUUGCUCAUUUCAGUUCCAUGUUUUUUAUAUUUAAAGUUGGAGUUCAAAUGGAUGCCAUAAUAUUAAAGAGAGCUGGGCGGCGACCAUACAUCAUCGGAUUCUGUUGUAUCUUUUGCUCUUAUGUAGCUGGACUUCAAAUUUCCAAGAGACUCCAAAAUAAUGAUAUACCGGCACUAAAGUUACUCCAUAAGAGCUCUGAUAGAGUAGUAGAUCUAUUCGGCCAGAUUUCCUUCCCUGUUAUCGCCUAUGUACUCGAUGAACUUAAAAUUCUUAACUCCGACCUAGGUUAUUCAGCGAUUCAUAUAUCAAUGGUUGCUGAUUUUCUUCAUAUGGCUUUAAAAUUCUUCAGCUUUUUCCGCCAAAUAAUGAGAGGUGCAAACCAUGCAUAUGCACUACCUGCAGUGUUAAUUUUAUUGGGGACGGUGAUUUAUAUAUUUUUCAUUAUGCGGCCGGCAGCGUUAUGGAUUGUAAAGAAUACACCCGAAGGGAGACCUGUAGAUGAUAUUUACAUUACCUUGAUAAUGAUUUCAGUUCUGCUGUGUGGAUUAGCUAGUGAAUAUUGUGGAUUGAAUGGUACAGUUGGGGUUUUCUUACUAGGUUUAGCUAUACCUGAUGGUCCACCUUUAGGAUCAGCUCUAGUUAAGAAGCUAAGCAUUGUUUCUGUAUUUUUCAUGCCUCUUCAUAUGGGUAUCGUUGGAUAUAAGAUGGACAUUCACAAAGUUACUUUUGGAUAUCUAUGGCGUGCUUUACUGAUCAUCCUCGGUUGUAUCCUUGGAAAGAUUAUCGGGCUUUUCAUCCCAGCUGUGCUUCUUGGAGUCUCUCCGCGAGAUAGUUUUUUGCUUGGACUUAUAAUGAACAUUAAAGGUGUUGUCGAGGUUUCCACAAUUAACACCUGGUUAGAUUCAAUAAAUAUCAAAGAAAUUUUUACUGCACCAAAUACAAUCAUGGUUCUCGCACUUGUAGUGCUAGUAGCCAUUAUCACACCCGCGGUGAAAUACUUGCAAGAUGCAAGUCUAACGGAUGAUCUGGCCAGACCAAAUAUUUCCAAUCGUGCAAUAAAAACCCUUCUUCAAAAUCUGUUGCGGGACGCCCCAUGCUCAGUCGGGAUCUUAAUGGAUGGUAGUAAUCUCCAAACAAAAUCUAGUUGCUUCUUGCCCGACACACCUUACCGCGUGAUUGUACUUUUUUUCGGUGGCCCGGAUGAUCGAGAAGCAUUGGCUUUUGCAAUGAAUAUGAUUCAUCAUCCGUACGUUUUUGUUACUCUUGUUAGGUUUUAUGGUCCUGCAAGUUUAUCAUCCUACGGAGUUAUUCACCAUAUCAGUGAAUCGGUUAGCAUUGAUACUGAGAGGCACAAGUUUCUUGAUGAUGAAUUAGUAGACCAUUUCAGGGUUAACACCAUGCAUGAUGAAACAUUGAUAUACAAAGAAGUAGAGGUAAAAGAUGGUGCAGAAACGAUAUGGGCAGUCCGGUCACUUCACCAAGAUUUUGAUCUCAUGAUCGUAGGAAGACAACAAAAGGCUGAUUCAAAAAUAAUUUCAGGAUUAGAAGCAAAUUGGGAUGAAUGUGGAGAGCUAGGAGCUAUCGGAGACUUGGUAACAUCUCCUGAUUAUGGUGCUUUGGGCUCAAUCUUAAUAAUUCACCGACGGCGAGAGAUUAUUUAA